AUGAAAUUUCUCUGCGACCCACCUGAAUUUAGAAUAAUUCUAGGUCAGAAUAACUCUCAAUUGGAUUUUCAGCUACAGCGAUAUGCAAAAGAUACUGACAUGAAUAGAGAGGAGUUGGGAAAUAUUAUGUCUGUAAGGACGAAACCAGCAGGUCUAGUGAUUGGAAAAAGCAAUGGCCAUUGUGAAGAUGAAGGAGAAUCCAAGAUGGAACCACACGUGGGGUUAGAGUUUGAUUCGGCAGAAGAGGCCCAAGAGUUUUACAGUGACUAUGCAACCCAAGUGGGGUUCAAAAUUAGGAUUGGUCAGCUGUAUAGAUCCAGAGUAGAUGGUGACGUUAUUUCUAGGAGAUUUGUAUGUUCAAAGGAGGGAUUUCAGACAAACGCAAGAACUGGCUGUCCUGCUUUCAUAAGAGUGCAAAAAGUUGAUUCUGGGAAGUGGGUUUUGGCCAAUAUAAAAAAGGAACACAACCAUGAACUUGAAGUCCCUGGAGAAAUUUGUCCACCCAAGAUUCAGAGAAAAAGUUUUCCAACUCCUAGAUCAUCAGCUGGUGGGGCAAGUAGGACAGGAAUCAGAUCGCACGAGGAGGAUGGUCUAUCUGGUGUUGUUGACAUUAAACGUCUCAAAAAGGAAGAUGGGGGUGGAAUUGCUGUACCGAGAGGUGAACCAUUCAAGGGUCUCGAAUUUAGUUCUGCUGAUGAAGCAUACAAAUUCUACUACACAUAUGCAGCCAUUACUGGAUUUAAAGUCAGGAUUGGUCAGUUAUUCCGCUCCAAAAAUGAUGGAUCAAUUACAUCCCGAAGAUUUGUGUGCUCCAAGGAAGGGCAUCAGCACCCUUCAAGAGUAGGUUGUGGAGCAUACAUGAGAAUACAAAGACAAGAAUCAGGAAGGUGGGUGGUCGAUCGUCUUCAAAAGGAACACAAUCAUGAAUUUGACAGUCCCACUGAUCCUAGUAGACGAGUGACGGUUGCAUCAAAGGGGUAUAGAGAAGAAGGAAGCAGUGGGUUGGAAAAUUUGGAUUUAGUUGAAACAAAUGGAGGCCUCAGCCUUGUCAAGCGAGUUCGAGAAAGUAAUAUUGAUAAUUUUCCUGCACUCAGUUUGGAGACGCAAUUGUGUUUGAUACAACAUACAGGAGAGGCAUGGCUUAGGGCAAUGUCGGGGCGCCACCCUGUGUCUAUAAUAGCUGAUCAGGACAAGGCCAUUCAAAAUUCAAUUUCACAAGUUUUUCCGGGGUCACAUCAUCGAUUUUCUGCAUGGCAAAUUCUGAACAAAGAACAGGAGAACUUGGGUGCAUUGCUCUCAAUGGAUGCCAAGUUCAAAUAUGAGUAUGAAACUUGUAUUUUUCAGACCCAGACGGCAACUGAAUUUGAUUCCGCAUGGAAUAUGCUUAUGAACAAAUAUAACUUGAGAGAGAAUGCUUGGUUAAAGGAGAUGUACAGAAUGCGUAAAAGUUGGGUUCCCCUGCACAUAAAGGGCAUAUUCUUUGCUGGCAUUCCUGUGGAUGGAAGCUUGAAAUCAUAUUUCAGUCCGCUAUUGACAGCCCAAACACCUCUCAACGAAUUUGUUGUAUGGUAUGAGAAAGCUCUUGAACAACGCCGUGAAGAGGAAAGGAAGGAGGAUUUGAACUCAUUUAAUAUACAAGCAGUUUUGCAUACAAAAGAUCCCAUAGAAGAACAGUGUAGAAGGCUUUACACCAGCACAAUGUUUAAAGUAUUUCAGAAAGAGCUUUUAGAAUGCUAUAGCUACGUUGGAAAAAAAAUAAAUGUCGAAGGAGCCAUUAGUAGAUAUCUGGCACACUUUGAAGGCGAUUCUCAAGAUUUCAAGCCCCUGAUGUUUUGGAGUUUAAGAGAAGAAUCCCUUAAUUUUAUCGAGGCGGGAGCAGCAUCUUUGGAAAGAUACAAAAUUGCCUUCGAGAUCAUGCAGGAGGGCAGAAGAAGUCUCUGCUGGCAAACCUAG